AACAUAAAAUUUUCAUGGCAUCAUAGAGAGAGAGAGAGAGAGAGAGAGAGAGAGAGACGUUUAGGAUUACCAAGACCAUCACAUGUAAGAAGAGUUGCCUCCACCGUUACACCCUCCCUCACGUCUGUGCUCUCCUUCAAAUUAGGACGUUUUUGUGUCUUCAAUUCUGUUCGGUGGCCCAGCUUUCCUUCAACUCUCUCUCUUUCUUUGUUUUGUUUCCUUUUCGGAGUUUUAACAGAAAGGGAAAGAAGAAAAAGUGUGGAAGUUGUGAAAUUGAGGUGAGUUGGAGGUCUGUCUGAUCUGGGUCUUUGGUGAUUUGGAUUCUUGCGGGGGAAAGAGAGAUGGAGGAGAGUGUAUUGUGUCAGUGGACCGUGUUCAGAUCCCUACUCGCGAUUCUCCAAUGGUGGGCUUUCAAUGUUACUGUGAUUGUCAUGAACAAAUGGAUCUUUCAGAAAUUGGAUUUCAAAUUUCCUCUAUCAGUAUCAUGUGUUCACUUCAUAUGUUCGUCGAUUGGAGCAUAUUUGGUAAUCAAGGUUCUGAAGCUCAAACCGCUGAUAUCAGUUGAUCCUGAAGAUCGAUGGCGAAGGAUUUUUCCCAUGUCGUUUGUAUUUUGUAUCAACAUAGUGUUGGGGAAUGUGAGCUUACGUUACAUUCCUGUUUCCUUUAUGCAAACAAUAAAGUCAUUCACUCCCGCAACUACAGUGUUUCUGCAGUGGCUGGUAUGGAGAAAAUACUUUGACUGGCGAAUUUGGGCUUCUUUAGUGCCUAUUGUUGGAGGGAUACUGUUCACAUCUAUGACGGAGCUUAGCUUUAAUAUUUUUGGAUUUUGUGCAGCCUUGUUUGGUUGUUUGGCCACUUCAACAAAGACUAUCCUGGCAGAAUCUCUGUUGCAUGGAUAUAAAUUUGACAGCAUAAAUACGGUGUACUACAUGGCACCUUUCGCCACCUUGAUUUUGGGAAUACCUGCUAUGCUGCUUGAAGGCAACGGGAUUAUAGAGUGGCUUAACACCCACCAGUCUGUCGGCUCCUCCCUCUUCAUUAUUUUUGCCUCUGGCGUACUGGCCUUCUGUCUCAACUUCUCCAUCUUUUACGUGAUUCACUCCACAACAGCCGUCACUUUUAAUGUUGCUGGGAACCUCAAGGUUGCAGUUGCUGUUUUGGUUUCGUGGCUGAUAUUCCGCAACCCGAUUUCGGGUAUGAAUGCUGUUGGAUGUGCUAUUACACUUAUAGGAUGUACAUUCUAUGGAUAUGUGAGGCACCUGCUCUCCCAACAGCCACCAGGAACUCCUCGAACACCACGGACGCCUAGGAAUCGGGUGGAGUUACUUCCCCUUGUAAAUAAUGAAAAGUUAGAUGAUAAAGUCUGAUUAAGAGGCCCUUUCAUGAGAGGUUGUUGCCUGUUGGUGGUUAGAGAGACAGAGAGAGAGAGUCUAAGAGAGGACAGACAUUGAAAAGGACACAUUACAAAAUUGAUGUAGAUCAUUCAAUUUUUUUUUUUUAACAUAAGCCUUUUGUAUUUCUUGCUCAUAUUGGAAAAUACCAUCCAGAAGAGUCUUCUGUUAUGAGGGUGCAAUACUUUCUUCGGGUGAUCAUGAGUAGCUGACAAGUUUCUGGUAUACGCCCCUUCUUUUCUGUGGUGAGAAAUAGAAAAGCGGUAUUUUAGUUUUUUGUUGCCCUUGUAGUUGAUACUCUUAAUACACUUAUACCUAGCAAUCCCUUUUGAUAUAA